AUGAGGCUGAGCGUGGCGUGCCUCCAGCACACACCAGAAGUGGAGGAGAGAGUGAAAGACAAAAGCAAAAAGAGGAAGUCGAAGCACAUCAAGCCCAGGGCCCUCCAUGAAAAGGAGGCAGCAGAUGAGCUACCAGGAAAAGGAAAGAAGAGACUGAAAGACCCCGGGACAUCGAUGAGAUCUCCUGCCAAGGAAGAACCCUGCCGGACGGGGACCGGCAGCAAAUGUGUGCUACCCACCACAUCUCCAGCAAAGCCAACUGAAAGUCGAAGCAGGAACGAUGAGAAUGAUCCCGAGCGCAUGCACCCGAAGUUGUGCUCGAUCAAGUUUCAUGCACCUGCCUGUGGUCGACAAGCUCCGAGCGACGGCAUCUUGUUGCCAGUCAAGACCGAAUUCGACGGGCCGCUACUCACUUCGUUCAGCAGCGGGAAGGCAUGCAAUCUGCAACCACGUGUCAAGCCUCGGCGCGCUGGCAGCUUGCUGGAGCUCCCACACGUCAGGCGCCAGAACACGUCGGAGUUGGUGGAGCUCAGCAUUCUCGACCUCCGGCGCCUGCGGCCGAUUGCUCAGGUGGAGUCGAAAUUCAUCGUCGCGUACCGGGAGCCCGACGAAGGUGAUCUGACUGGACGCUUGCUCAUUAUCGAUCAGCACGCAGCUGCAGAACGGGUGGAGUUGGAGCGCCUUCAACGUCAAACGCUCGCCGAAGACAGUCGCGAAACUGUUGCUUCUGUGCAAGUUCGUGGAAGUGGAACUUGCCUGGCCUUAGCGAAGGAGGAGGCCCGGUGGUUGCAGAAGUACAAAGCUCACGCCGAGAGAUGGGGGUUUCGCUGGCGAGGCGCGUUGGAUGGCAGUAGUUUGCCGGAUGAAGUUGUGGUUACACAUGUUCCCAACAUCCUUGGCACCAUGCUAGCACCACGAGAUCUCAAAGCAGUUUUGGCCGCGGCAGAUGCCACUCGUGUCGAUGGAAAGCCCGCCUAUCCGCCAGUCGUGUUGCACAUUCUGGCCUUCAAAGCGUGCCGCGGUGCAAUCAAGUUUGGAGACCCGUUGUCGCAGGUGCAGAUGCAGAAGCUGAUUCGAGAACUGGGUUCGUGCAAGUUCCCAUUCCAGUGUGCGCAUGGACGCCCCACGGUUUUCCCGCUGCACAUGGGUUUGCUGAGUAAUAGAUCAAACACAUCGAUGCUUCCACCUCUUCAAGGUGUGUUGUCCCAACACUCCAACCUGUGCACGAAAGUGACAGCGAAGUGA